AUGGUUGAUGCUCAUGAUGGCCAAACCACUCAGACGUUCCUGGGACAUGGAAGAUCUCAGAUAGCUUUUGAUCUGUGCCUGUCUUAUCUGGUUCUGUCCCUCCACUGGCUGACUGACUGGACUCUGUGCUGCUUUCCACUGAGCUCUGAGGCUAUAUUCAACAGGAAGCAGGACCGUUUCCUGAUAGUUGCUGUGGAGCAGAGGAGGAUGGCAGGAGUGGACAAACAGAAUGGAGAGGACAUAGCUCUGAAUACACUGGGUGACAUAGAGGCAGCUAUAGCCUCCCCUGGAAAACCACUUCGUCCCAUCAACAUAAAUCACUAUGCCACUAAGAAGAGUGCGGCUCAGAGCAUGCUGGACGUCGCCUUACUGAUGGCCAACUCAUCCCAGCUGAAGACCGUUCUAUAUGUGGGGCCUAAUUACCGUUUCUACAUCCCUCUCAUCGUCCUGCUGUCUCUGUCCAUUGCUUUACAGGUCACGGUGGGGCUGCUGCUCGUCUUUAUUGUGAAGUACGAUCUGAACGACAUGAGGAAACACGCCAAGCUCAACUGGAUGAACAACGUAGCCACAGUCUUAGUCUUCUUUACAGUCCUUGUCAACAUCUUCAUCACAGCACUCGGCUUUGAGGGGCAAGCUGUGAGCAGGGUGAUGCCGGAGGCUCAAUUUUUACCACUGCCCUCAGACGUCAACAAGACUGGUGGCAUCUAGACCAGUCUUCAGAUCAAAAAUAAGACUUUUCUUUGUUCACCUGUGUUAGGUCUUCAUGAAUAGGCUGGGAGAGCUGUCAAUCUGGGUUUUAGAGGGGUACCAAAGCCUACUUGGACAGGCAUUGACCCCUGAUACCUCCUCUGUGCCACCGGUGAUGGGACACAGGGCCACAUAAGCUAAGGAUGACCAAGUAAAGCCUCAUCCUGAGUAACCAAUGACAAAAACUCAGCUCUG